UAGGAUGGCGGUUACUCAAGAACCCCACUUCUUUACUAGCAAAGGUCUUGUUGGGUAAAUAUGCAAAGAAAUCCACCUUCCUAGAGUGCACUAUAUCAUCGACUGCCUCCCACGGAUGGCGGAGUAUUCUGGCAGGCAGGGAGCUGUUAAUAAAAGGACUGAGUUGGGUUGUGGGCGAUGGAGAGACAAUACGUCUAUGGAAUGACCCGUGGCUAUCGUUCAGCAAACCGACAAUGCCUAUUGGUCCCCCGACGAAAGAAAGCCAAGCACUUAAGGUCAGCGAACUCUUAUGUCCACUUACAAAUAAAUGGGAAGUCCAUAAAAUCAGGAGCUUGGUACCCCAGUAUGAGGAGGCUAUUUUGAAGAUAAAGACCAGCUCCACACCUUCCUCGGACGAGCUGUGCUGGCUACCUGAGAAGUCAGGGGAAUACUCCACAAAAACUGGUUAUGGCAUUGGUAUGACAGGAGCAAGAAUGCCUACUACCGAGGAUGAUCCGGUUGAGUGGCUCAAGCAUAUUUGGAAUGUCAAAACUGCACCGAAGCUGAAAGAUUUUAUUUGGAGGCUUGUGAAAAAGGCGAUACCAGUUAGUGCAAAUCUAGAAAAGAGGGGUAUUGCGAGCUUUAGAUGCAAGAAGUGCAAUGGCCAGGAAGAUGAUCUCCACGUCUUUCUUACCUGUCCGCUGGCGGAGGAAGUGUGGAGCCUAAUGCCAAUACUGCAACGACCUCCGAGGCUUCUCUCUUCGAUGACAGAGUUAAUUAAACAAGGAACCAGGUACAUUCCACUUCCACCGGUGGGAGUAACUACCCCACUAUGGCCAUGGGUCCUUUGGAAUUUAUGGAAAGCAAGAAACUCCCUCCUGUAUGAGAACCGGGUUUUCUCAGCCAAAGAGAUAGUGCUUAAGAGUGUUAAGGAUGCUAAGGAAUGGGCUCAGGCACAAUUUACUAAUGAGGUGUCGAUACCUCGAGCUAUCUCUCUCCACCCAAAUCAGCUUCGAUCGCCUAGCCCCCCACCUAUUUUCCCACAAGGCACUCUGGUGGUUAAUGUAGACGCAGCGUGGGAUGCCAACACCGGAAAAUGUGGUAUAGGAGGUGUCUACUCGGGUGAAGUUCUGAAUCAUCCUCCGGCCUUCUCCGGAGCUUGUGGUCAUGUAUCAUCGGCUAUCAUGGCGGAAGCCAUUGCCGUUCAUCGCGCGGUCUCUAAUGCCGUGUUCUCAAACGUCCGAUCCCUGGCGGUUCUCUCUGAUUCCUCUUCCCUCAUCAAGUUAUUGAAGGCGGGAGAGCAUCUUCCUGAACUGUUCGGUAUCAUGUUUGAUAUCUAUCACUAUGUUUCUCUCUUUGAGGUCAUCUCCUUUAGUUUUAUCUCUCGUAAUUUCAAUUCCGAAGCAGAUUUGGUGGCAAAAUCUGCUCUCGCUGGCUCUGUUAUGAGCUCUGUAAUGAACUCCGCUUUAGGAGAGUAAACUCUAGUUAUAAUGAAUGCAAUGUUUGCCCAAAAAAAAAGAACAAGCUUAAAGUACAUAAACAACAGAGUAAUUUUUUGGUUUACCGCUGCGAGAUUGAAGGGUAAAGCUGGAGCUUCUUCAUAUUCAGCUGCGUCCAAGUCCUGAAGAUGAGCUCUUUUGAAGAAUAUAGGGAGGAUGUGUCUUACAGGAAUCAAGAACGUGAUCAUUAAAGGGAACAUGACUCAUGCUAUUGGGAUCCAUGUGAGACCAAAGCAGAUUAACAGAUAAACCGUUUGGAGUUAACAUUGCAAUCGUCCUGAAUGGAACGACUUCAACGAAUGUUGCGUGAUAGUCUUCAGGAACCCUGCAAACAUAAAUGAGUCAUGAAAAGAGGCUUCUUGAAGUUGAAUGUGACUAAAAUAUACGUCCUCCUUUUUUUAAUAAAUAAUAUUUUAAAUUAAAAGCACAAAUUCUUAAAAAUAUUUAAUUUUCUAUACAAAAUAAAUAAAAAAUUUCACCAAUAAAAAAUAGCCUGCAGAAUAUAAAUAAUUAUAUAGUAUAAAAAUUUAAUAAAUUUUAAUUUAUUUGAAAACUUCACCUAAUUUGAAACAAACAAAAAAUUCUAAUACUUGUUCAAAUAUUAAAAAUCAGGAGUAUGAGCUUUAGUUACUUGGGGCUGUGAAGAGAAAUAAGAGCAUUAAGUAAAAAACUAGUUAUGAUUAGUUUUUUGUUCUUAUCAAAAUGGUUAUAUUAUACUAUUGAUGAUCCCAUUGAAUUUGUUUCGGGAUGAGACUAAAGAAGGUGAAAAACUCAACAAAAAAAACUCACUCACUCGAAUCCUCUAAAAUGGUUGGCAUUUGAUAGCCGGAUCCUGUAUCGACGUUGAUACACCUGAAAAAAGGUGAUAAAUUCAAUAUGGUGAAUUAUUACAGCUGGGAUUGUUUGGGCUGAUGUUAUAUAAAGAGCAAAUAUUAGAGCCCAUCGAGGAUAGUGGGCUGCUUUUCAAGCAAAGCCCGCUUGAAGGAGUUUCAUGGUUUGACCAAUUUCAUUCAGACGGCGGUGGUGCUCCUCUUGAAGGGCGACGUCAAGCAAUCCGCCUCCAGGUCGGAAUUAGACGUUGAUUUCUGGAUCUCAAAACAGGGCAGCGGAGUCCACCAAGACACCAAAUGAGAUAGGUUCCAGGGAAACCCAAAGACAAGGACGGGUGUGUGUACAAUUCACGCAUUGCUCAGUUUAAUAAAGUAAAAAGGGCUUUGGUCUGAAAGCUUGCACCAGCAGCAUUCUUUUGCGCCAGUUUCAUUCAUCUAAACCCACCCAAGAUACAUCGGUAUACAUAAGAAAAAUGAUAACUAAAAGGGAGGGAAGAUGUGCAUCUGGGUCAAGAUGUGGUGGAAGUUAUCGGAGGGUGUAUCAACGGGGUGGGUAUGAACUCCUUGGUAAGUGGUAACCACCACUCCUUCAUCUCCUGAUAGCCUCUGCACUUGCUUCUUCACUCUGCAUCCUUUUUCUGUGCACUUAUAAUAGCUCCUACACACAUUUAUUUUAGUAUUUAUCAUGAUGCUUGCACCAACCAAAUAAAAGCAGCAUAUAUAUUAUAUAUGUAUGUAGUAGGUACCUGGGGAAUGGAUUGUUCUUGACAGCUUUUUGGCCGUACUUCCUCCACCUGUAUCCGUCAUCGAGAAUAUCAACCUGACUUCUUGUCUGGAAAGCAAACCUGGCUUCUCUCUCUUUCUUCUUACUCUUGUGUUUCUCUUCUUUGUUAGUGUUAUGCUGCUGUAACGAGGAGGACGUGUUGAUCUGAGUUUGAUCACCAGACAAGCGAUGAUCAACCGAUGAAGAUGGAAACAACACCUGACAUGACCUAUCCUCCAUUUCUUGCUCCCCUCUGCCUUCUGUGGAGAGAAAGGAUCAAUGUUUUUUUUUUAACUUGUAAAUUCCAAAAAAGACUAGUAGCCAGGUCACGUGUCUUUGACUAUGUGUGAAAGGUGAGAGAGGCGUAGACGGCAACGAAGACGCGAGCGAUAACAAAAAGAAAGAAAGAAGAGAAAGUGAGAUGGGCUAGAUUAGCGGAUUAAAGAGUUUGGUGGAAAGUAUAAAGAAAAGGUGUGGCCGGCUUCAUCAUUCUGAUUAUGACUACUUACUUACAAUAAUUCAAAGUUCUGGUGCCACGGAUUCAAAUAUCUUUUGGGCCUGUAUACUAUCGAACUUGUUGGUUUCCCUUGAUCUACAUUUUUAUAUAUUUUCGUCA